GUUUUGAAGCAAGAGCAAGUACACUGCGGAAGUGGUCGUGAAAGGCAACGUCAUGAACCGUUCUUCUAAUUUACCAAGGGCACUUGAACGCACCAGUCUUGCGUACAGCGUUCCGCACCAUCUGAGAAAAUAGUGGUGGUAAUUUGACCCGCAGGUCACUUCGGUAAAAUGACUUUCAAACUGCAAGCUCCGAAGCUGAACCGAGUUUGUUAAAGUUUGGAGUUUCUAGUUCGAGCGAGAGGACCUUACGACAUACAGACGGAGCAGCGAAAGGGACUUACCUGGGCGAGAGACAAGCGGAACCCCCCCCGCCCCGCACCUCCUCUUACCUGCAUUAUGUCAAAACUCCCUGGCAACGCAGGUGUGCCGCUGCUCGGGGACAAAUCGCUGGACUUCUACCGGGACCCGGUGCUCUUCUGCCGGGAGAAGAUGGAAAAACACGGCAGCCGGGUGUUUCAAAGCCGCCUGCUAAAUAGACCCACCGCUUUCGUGUGCUCGGCGUGGGCCAUGAAGGAGCUACUGUGCGAGAAGUCCAACGUGUUUCUGAAGGAUCCCACUGAUGUGAUGACCAAUAUGUACGGCGACACCAUUGUUACCACUAAUGGUGAAGAGGCUUGUCUUCUCCGUCUGUCUUUCACCAGCUUGUUUACAGGAGGUUGCUUAGAAUCAUCAAGUGGUUACAUCACCAGUGUGUGUGAAAACCGUCUCAAGGAUCUCGCCCACAGCGGUGGGCCACGUUGUGUGUAUACUGCAUUUAAGCAGCUGGGGACAGAGUUGGUUUUGGGUCUUUUUCUUAACGUGCAUGCGGACAAGGAGCCGGAACUUUUCCAGAAAAUCGCACAGCUCUGCACUCAGCACUGGCAUGGUCUCAUCUCUGCUCCAGUCAAUGUAAAGGUGCCUUUGUGGUCAUCUGGUUUUUCCGUGGCCUCGGAGGCCAGAGACCAGCUGAUGCAAAUCAUCAAAGAGAAACUGGAGAACGAAGCACAGGGUUUCGUGGGCUCCCUGCGCUCUCUGCCACUGCCCGGUUCAAGCUGUGCUUCCCAGCAUCUCCUGCUGUUCAUCUCGGCCCUCAUCCCCAAAGCGCUGGCGUCACUACUCACCUCGUUCACUGUGGCUCUAAGUGGGAGUAAAAAGGAGGAAACUCGUCGACGAGCUUUAACGGAUGCUGAUUAUCUGCAAGGAGUCCUACUGGAAGUUCAGAGACUCUGGCCUCCCUUCAUUGGUGGACGCAGGAUCGCAGAAAGGGACACGAGCCUUGCAGGUUUUCAUGUCCCAAAGGGAUACGGCGCGAUCUAUAUCAGUCACGCUGUCCACAGGGACCCGCGGGUGUUUGAGCAGCCUGACAGCUUUGUGCCGGAAAGAUGGAGCGCAAGGAACGCAGAGCACAAGCACUUCCUUUGUACCUUCGGCAGUGGAUCUCGAAACUGCAUUGGCAUGAAACUCACCGACUUCUUCCUCAAGGAGGCAUGCGUGUACCUCUUAAAGCACUAUGACUGGUGUCUGGACCCGCCAUCACAAAACCUGGACUACAAAUGGCUGCCUGUGUCUCGGCCUGCCAAUCCCCCAACUGUUUCCUUCACUCGUUUUGGAAGUGGCCAGAACUGAUGGGAACCCGCACCAUGUAGAGACGUGCAAAAUGUGUGUUAAGUGUGCGCAAAAGGCCGUUUUCUGUCUCUGUGACCAUCCGUAGGAUAACACGGUGAAAGCGUUGUUGACCGAUACGUCGCAUUAUUUAACUGAUUCACUCCCAGAGACGUUAUUAAACGUCUUUUCAGACUUGGUCUCUAAUUGGCUGGUACUGAAUGAGUUAAUAGGAAGGUUGC